AACCCUACAGUUUCCUGUCUGUGCCGCGUGGGGUUUUCAGACGGACUGCAGCGCGUGCUUAGUGAAAAACGUGUCCGCUCGUAGCGGCGAGCACGCCAAAUAAGAAAAAAUAAUCUAAAAAAACAGACCGUAAUUUUUUUUAAGAUGUUAGUUUUAUUUGAAACCGCUGCGGGAUACGCUAUUUUUAAGGUUCUCGAUGAAUCCAAACUGCAGCAAGUCGACAGUCUUUAUAAGGAGUUUGAAACUCCUGAAAAAGCUAAUAAAGUAGUUAAAUUGAAGCAUUUUGAGAAGUUCAACGACACAACCGAGGCUCUAGCAGCUGCAACUGCCCUGGUGGAGGGGAAAAUCGGGAAGAGCUUGAAGAAGGUUUUAAAGAAAGUUGUUGCCAAGGAGGCUCAUGAGGAACUUGCUGUCAGCGAUGCCAAACUUGGUGGAGUUAUUAAAGAUAAGAUGGAGCUGAGCUGCGUCCACAGCUCUGCUGUGGCUGAGCUGAUGAGAUGCAUCAGGAGUCAGAUGGAGAGCCUCAUCUCUGGACUUCCUCCUAAAGAGAUGAGCGCCAUGUCUCUGGGUUUGGCUCACAGUUUAUCCCGUUACAAGCUCAAGUUCAGCCCUGACAAGGUGGAUACCAUGAUUGUGCAGGCCAUUUCUCUACUGGACGACCUGGACAAGGAGCUGAAUAACUACAUCAUGCGCUGCAGGGAGUGGUACGGCUGGCACUUCCCCGAGCUCGGGAAAGUCGUCGUAGACAACUUGGCUUAUUGCAAAACCGUCCUUAAAAUUGGCGACCGCACAAACGUGGCGACUACAGAUCUGUCCGAGAUUCUGCCUGAGGAGGUGGAGGCAGAGGUCAAGCUGGCUGCGGAGAUCUCCAUGGGAACGGAAGUGUCCGAGCAAGACAUCGCCAACAUUCGACAUCUUUGCGACCAGGUGAUCGAGAUCUCGGAUUACCGCGCGCAGCUCUACGACUACCUGAAGAACCGGAUGAUGGCCAUCGCCCCCAACUUGACGGUGAUGGUGGGCGAGCUGGUCGGCGCCCGACUCAUCUCGCACGCCGGUUCACUUCUGAAUCUGGCCAAGCAUCCGGCCUCCACGGUGCAGAUCCUGGGUGCAGAGAAAGCUCUGUUCAGAGCUCUGAAGACCCGCAAAGACACGCCCAAAUAUGGUCUCAUUUACCACGCCUCCUUGGUGGGGCAGACCACUGCCAAGAACAAGGGCAAGAUCUCCAGAAUGCUCGCUGCAAAGGCAUCGCUGGCUAUUCGCUACGACGCUCUGGGAGAAGACACGAAUGCGGAAAUGGGAGCCGAGAACCGAGCCAAGCUGGAGGCCCGACUGCGGCAGCUGGAGGACAGAGGCAUCCGCAGAGUCAGCGGAUCAGGCAAAGCUGUGGCAAGAGCUGACAAAUACCAACACAAGAGCGAGGUGAAAAUGUACGAUCCAUCUGGAGACUCCACCAUCCCCUCCACCUCCAAGAAGAGGAAAUAAACAAAAAAACAAGGAAGUUCCCAUUUGUCAGUGUUUUGUUUUGACAGAUUUUUAUAUUUUUGUUUGUUUAAAAAUGGUUUUAAAUCUGUAACUGAGAGGAAACAAUAAACCAAACAAUAAACUUCCUGCUUUAAUGUUG